GGGAGACGCGUUGGCAAUUUCCUAAACAGAAGAAGCAGGCAGAGCGGCAGUCGGCGGCGAGCAAGGCCGGGGGACGAGCGUCAGUGUGCGGCUUCAUUUCUGGGAUUAACGCGACGGAGAAUCAUAGCCAACCAUUUGACGGACGUCUAUCAUGAACAGGAGGUCCUGACAUGGACGCAGAGAUGAUUCCCAAAUUUUGCUCAAAAGACGAAGAAUUGGAUUACUGGAAGUCCCAAGCCCUGAAAUAUAAGAAAAGCUGCCAUGACGCCCAGGAGGAGCUGCAGGAGUUCCAAGAGGGGAGUCGAGAGCUGGAGGCCGAGUUGGAGGCGCAGCUCGGCCAGGCUGAACGUCGCCUUCGUGACCUUCAGACAGAGAACGAGAGGCUGAAGAAUGAUGUGGACAACCUCAAGGAGAAACUGGAGCAGCAGUACACUCAGAGCUACAAGGAGAUUUCUGUGCUAGAAGAUGACCUGGGCCAGACGCGAAGCAUCAAAGAGCAGCUCCACAAAUACGUGCGAGAGCUAGAGCAGGCCAACGACGACCUGGAGAGAGCCAAAAGGGCGACCAUCGUGUCCUUGGAGGACUUUGAGGGCCGUUUAAACCAAGCCAUCGAGAGAAACGCCUUCCUGGAGAGCGAACUGGACGAGAAGGAGUCUCUGUUGGUGUCUGUGCAGAGACUCAAAGAUGAAGCGCGAGACCUCAGGCAGGAGUUGGCGGUACGAGAGAGGACCACAGACAGGAUGUCGGCGCCAAGCUCGCCCACCUUAGACAUCGACAAAACGGACUCGGCCAUACAGGCGUCUCUCUCACUACCAGCCACACCGGUGGAAAAGAGUGUGGAACAUUCCUUUGUCGCCCCGAAAGUAGUGACCAACGGCUGCGCCAACUCCUCCCUCACGCCCUCAGGUAGAAUCUCAGCCCUGAACAUCGUUGGCGAUCUGCUGAGAAAAGUCGGGGCUUUGGAAUCCAAACUGGCCGCCUGCAGAAGCUUCGGUAAGGACCAGGCGGCAAGACCGGGCAUCGCCGCGGGCAACGGCGCCCUCAUCAAACACAGCACCUACUUUGACAAAAGCACCCUUAACGGAUUGGACCCCAGCGCCUUGACCUCCAUGACCGCCUCCAGAACCGUUUCUCCACCAGGCCUGCUGAGCGUGUGAGGUGUUGAUAGGACAUCAGAGGAUACAAGUAACUGUGUGUGAGUGUGUAAGCGGGGGGAUGUUUGCACAAGAGAGACUCGACAAGAUGCACACUUGUCGUCGGUGCAUUCUUUUCCUCGCACGUAACCAACCGCAUGUGCAGAACGCAGCUAAUUUACUGCACCUUGUCCGAAUGUCGCCAACACGGUGUCCACCCACCACGCGGCACACGACCACCCCCUCCACGACGACAAAAGGUCCCACAGACCUCACUUAUUUUGGCCUGCAUUUUCUCUUUAUUUGCACAGUUCAACGAGUUAUUCCCGUUUAGAACGUAUAUUUAAAAAAAAAAAAAAGAAGAAAAGAAAAAAAAAAAGGGAUGUGUUCAUAUUUACUAACUGAUCCCACCGGAUGCUUUACAAUGCAGUAUUCUGUCACAUGUGGGCCAAGGGAAGGGGUGGUGCCUGACCCUACGUCCACACUUAAUGACUGAAGUGAAUGUUGAUCGUUCAAAGCCAAAGUGCUGUCCUGUCGUCCCCCACCUUGGUUCAAUCUGCACUUUAGGUCAAGUGCAUUGUUUUUUUCUUUUUUCUGUAAAUUUAUUUUUUUGUGCUUUUAAAUAUAGCGACAGGCAUAUUUACCUCAUUCUUAAAAGUUGCAGAUGGUCUUUUGUAUUCAAUUUGUGCAACAAAAACACAUUGCACCUAUAGAAGGCCAACGUUAAGCAGGUUUUAGCAACCACUUAUAGCCCAAAACUGUUCCUACCUUGUUCUCCUUGCCCACUUACGUCCAAUUGUCCAUUUCUACCUUAAACAGUUACCGGUAAUUGUUAUUUAAUGCCACAAUAUGUUAUUGGGCGGCAAAGGCUGUUCCUGAAGCGCAUCCCUAGGCUCAGCGUUUAGUGUACAAAGCCUACAAGGAUAGUCGUUUCACCACCUUUCGGACAUGAAUGUCCUUUUUAUUUAUUUCUGAGUUUGUACAGCAUGUGUUUCAUGUGUUGCACAGUGGUUACAGCCAUUGACGUUUUGAAUAAAUAAACAUUGAUAUGAUAAA